CUGUGCAGCUGCUCUCUUGUGACUUGAGCAUUUUGUGUCAGAAGCGGUAAUGAAGAUAAAGAGAAAUGAGAGAUCUUUCUCUUUACUGCUGAGAGGCUGCAGUUUCAUGCAAGUGUAUGAAGCUGGAGUGUUAAAGGCUUUGCAGGAAUUGUCACCUGAGAUACUGAAAUCUGCAUCCAAGAUCUAUGGGGCAUCUUCAGGAUCGAUUUUAGCUGCAUCGGUAUUGUGCGAGUGUGAUAUGGAUGAGUUGCAGAAGCAGUUCAUCAGUGGUGAUAUAUACUGUUUCAAAGGGCUUUUAUCCACUCGAGGGAAAAUCCUUCACGUCCUAAAGGAUGCCUUAAAUAAAUUUCUGCCUGUGAAUGCCCACCAGCUGGUAUCUGGGAAACUGCAUGUUAUCCUCACCCGCGUGCAUGACUGGAGAAGCGUGACAGUUUCAGAGUUUGCCACAAAGGAGGACCUCAUUCAGGCCCUGUUAUGCAGCUGCUUCAUCCCUUUGUGUUUUGGCUUUCUCCCUCCUCUGUACCAUGGGGUGCGUUACGUUGAUGGGGAACUCGGCAUGUGGAAGGCCAACUUCACAUCCCAGACCAUGAUCACCGUGUCUGCUUUCGCUGGCGAAUAUGACAUCUGUCCCAAAGAUUGCCCAGCUGCCUUCUUCAAUUUCCAAAUCUCUGAUUGUAUUUUACAGAUAUCAAAAAAAAACAUCUACCGUUUCCUGUGUAUUUUCCAGUGUCCCACAAAGCAAGUUUGUGACCAGUUUUAUGACGAUGGCUACCAGGACACAGUCAACUUCUUAAAAAACCUGAGUUUAUUUGGUAUAAAUUAUCUUGCUGAGGACUUUACGCUUCCAUUGGACAAGGAAUUGUGUCAGAAAGGUGAAGGGACCCUGCACAGGAAGCCAGAAGCAAGAAUACUUCACUCCAGGGCCACAGACCCUGAGGACAUCACCAAAGAGAACAUACUAAGCAUCCAGACAGCACAUGAAGUGGAGGAGGAAGACCCACACCACCCUUUGCAACCAUCAGAAAGGGAUUUGCCAGCUACAGAAGAUUGUUCCUAAUACAUCUGCUACCUUUGACCCCGGUUUAUGUUUUAAAGAGAAAAGUGCAACUUGCAACCCAGCCUGCUGACACACACCCAGAUGCAUUGAAG